ACUCAUUGUGUGCUUAAUUUUUACAUUUGGGAAAAAAAAAUUAAGUUCCAAUGGCAAAGAGAUUACCACUAACCCUCUUCAUCUCCGUCUUUGUAAUAUUGGGCAGUAGUAUUAGUAGUAGUGUCCAAAUCCAAGCUGCAGGCAACCCUAAUUACAGAGAGGCCCUGGCAAAGUCCAUACUCUUCUUUCAGGGACAAAGGUCAGGGAGACUCCCAGCCGGUGCUGCCCAACAAAUCACAUGGAGGUUCAAUUCUGGGCUUUCCGAUGGUCGUCUGGCAAAUGUGGACUUAACUGGAGGAUACUAUGACGCUGGAGACAAUGUCAAGUUCAACUUCCCAAUGGCAUUCACCACCACAAUGCUGUCAUGGGGAGCACUUGAAUAUGGCAAGCGCAUUGGCCCCCAGUUACCAGAAACCCGGGCAGCGAUACGGUGGGCCACGGAUUAUCUUCUAAAGUGUGCUAGGCAAACGCCCGGUAAACUCUAUGUUGGGGUCGGUGACCCAAACAUGGACCAUAAAUGUUGGGAGAGGCCAGAAGACAUGGACACGCUCAGAACCGUGUACUCAGUCUCACCAAGCAACCCGGGCUCGGACGUUGCUGGAGAGACAGCCGCUGCAUUAGCGGCUGCUUCUUUAGUUUUUCAGAAGGUUGAUCCGAAAUACUCAAAGUUGCUGUUGAACACGGCCAAGAAUGUGAUGCAGUUUGCAAUUCAGUACCGAGGGGCAUACAGUGAUUCACUUGGAUCUGCAGUCUGCCCAUUUUAUUGCUCAUAUUCUGGAUAUAAGGAUGAGCUACUGUGGGGAGCUGCAUGGCUUUUUAGAGCAAGUAAUGAACUUUAUUAUUACAAUUUUAUGAAAUCCUUGGGAGCUAGUGAUUCAACAGACAUUUUCAGCUGGGACAACAAAUUUGCUGGUGCUUAUGUUUUAUUAUCAAGGAGGGCACUAUUGAACAACGACAAAAACUUUGAGCCAUAUAAACAACAAGCGGAGCAAUUUAUGUGUCGGAUUUUGCCUAACUCACCCUCUUCAAGUACUCAAUAUACACAAGGAGGGCUCAUAUAUAAGCUGCCUGGAAGUAACCUCCAAUAUGUGACCUCAAUAACAUUCUUGCUUACUACCUAUUCCAAGUACAUGGCUGUCAGAAAGCUCACAUUCAACUGUGGUACCCUCGUCGUCACUCCAAAGACCUUAAGAAACCUUGCAAAACAACAGGUGGACUACAUAUUAGGGGUAAACCCUCUGAAGAUGUCCUACAUGGUAGGGUAUGGACCCUACUAUCCCAAGAGAAUUCACCACAGGGGAUCCUCGUUGCCUUCAUUGGCAAGCCAUCCUCAGACCAUAGGUUGUGAUGGUGGUUUCCAACCAUUCUUUUAUUCGUUAAACCCAAACCCUAACAUCUUAGUUGGAGCCGUUGUUGGAGGUCCAAACCAGAACGAUGGGUUCCCAGAUGACCGCAGUGAUUACAGUCACUCGGAGCCUGCAACUUACAUAAAUGGCGCUAUUGUAGGACCCUUGGCAUACUUUGCAGGGGGAUUAUAAAGUUGAUUGGAGACCUCAUUAAUCAGGGGUUUUAUAUUAAUUGUAAACAACUAUCUAUUGUCCCCAAAGGGGUAUAUAUAUGUGUGUGUGUGUCUCACCACGAAAUGGAAGGGAUGUUUCAGUGUUUUCCACUUUCUUAGUUUGAUGUGGUAAUUGGAUGAUGAUCUUAGUUGAAAAAUUUGAUGAUGAUCUUAGGCUCACAAUGAGCAGCAGCUUAUAAGAUUUAAGCAUUUGAAUUUUCAUGCGUAAGACUCAGUGUCAAAGAGUUUCUCUUUCUUUCUCUGUUUUUUUUUCUUUUCUCCUCUAUAUGGUUCCCGUUUAUCUCAAAAUCUAACUAUAUGUUAUGAACUAGCUAGCUACGAGUGGAAUUUGUCAUUCUGAUGGCUGUCCUAGGUAACAAUCAUUUCAAUCUUCACACCACAGGCUACCUCAAUGUGUGGAGAAUAAGAGGUUACAUAUCCUUUAGAAACUUUUGGAGAACUUGUUCAACUAUCAAAGAAGAUGAAAGGAAGAAGUUUUGUAAUAGGACACAAUUUACUUUAAUGUGAAUGAAUAAAUAACAGAUGAGGCUUUAAAAUCCCCCACUUCAUAUUCAAUAUUAAGUUGAAAGCGAAUAUGUGUUUUGAACACUUCUUCGUGAUUUUCCACCAUAGUAGGCUGCAAUCGUUUGUGAAUUGGACUUUCCAAAUAUAUUGAAAGUAUAUACCACUACUAAGAAAAGCAGACACUAGUACACCACUACCGAGAGAAGCAUUGCAUUCUUUUAGAAUUGGACUUCUUGUUAUUUUACUCUUUGGAUG